AACAACGUGAAAAUGGUGACAAGACUCUUGCCGAGCUCUCCAAGCUGUGUGAUACAAAAAUGUAUUGGGUGCAGAGUCUAUUCUAUACUUUGUUUGUGGUGCUAUGAAUCUGCACCGUGCAGUUCUGUGUCGGGAAAAGGUGUGCGAGGUGAUUAUUACGACCUCACUGGUGCGAACGUUAAUUUAAAGAAGCAAUAUAAAGAAUGGAGAUCAUCGACUGACGCGAGUCACUCGAUAUCAAAACAAAAGGAAACCAUUUUUAACAAGGAACUAGAAUACUGGAUGACUCAACUUCCGGAAUCUUUAAAAAACGUACCCAUAAUACAUUUGGCAAUACCCGGUUCUCAUGAUACGAUGACUUAUACGAUAAAGCGACACAGUGACGUGGGACCUGACGAGCCGAGGUAUAUCAGAGUUCUCGGUCGUUACUGCUCUUUUGUCUCAAAACCCAUUAUUUUCAAUUGGUCUAUUACACAAGAUGAAAACAUCGUGGAUCAACUUGAUAAUGGAAUUCGAUACCUUGACUUACGCGUUGCCACGAAGCCCACAGAUGGAUAUAUUUAUUUUGUGCAUGGCUUGUAUGGAUCAAAAAUAUACCAACCACUGCAAGAAAUAGCAGAGUGGCUGUCUUCUCAUACUACCGAGAUCGUAAUCGUAGACUUUCAACAUUUCCAUUCGUUCUCAGAAACGAAUCAUGGUCAUCUUGUGGAAACAAUUUUUCGAACAUUUCAGGCCAAAUUGUGCCCAGUAGCGUCCUCGUUCGAUCACAUAACGUUGAAUUGGCUUAAUUCGGGAAAAUAUCAAGUUAUUCUUAUUUACAGAAAUGCAUACGCGCAGAAUUAUUCAAAUUUGUGGCCAAGCGAUUUGUGGCGUACUACAUGGCCUAAUACUGUUCGCGUUAACGAACUUCUAGAUUUCUUAGAUGUGGAACUUAAGAUGCGACCUUUGGAUAUAGGUUUUGUAUCACAAUGUCUUUUAACUCCCGACAUUCCUUAUGUAUUAAAACAUCUGUGCGGAACAUUGCAAGGACAUCUAGUACCACAAUGCCAGAAAGCAAUUCUUUCUUGGAUAAAUAAAAAACGACCUGGCCGCGGUGGCUUAAAUAUUGUUAUAGCUGAUUUUAUAUCUGACGAUAAUUUUAUGUUUUGUAAAACAGUCAUUGAAAGUAAUAAAAAAUUCUUCAAUUUACAGUAUUCUACAUGA